UUCUUUUCCCAUUUCCCAACAUAACGGCUCGAUCUGUACUUUCCCUCCGUCUUUUCACUCUCUCAUCGAAUCAAAUUGACGCGCUAAAAUAAAAUCCCUUUCUGUAAUUUGCUAUAAGCGUUUCGAAAUUUUCAGAGCAAUCAGAUUCGCUUUCGUCGCUAUGCUCUGUUUGGUUGGCUGGAAAACUGAGGAACACGUAAGGAAAGUGCAGAAAAAAAUCAUUAGUAUCCGUGUAAUCGGUUUGAUAUAUAUAUAUAUAUAUAUUGUUAAUAUCCAGUUUCUCAUUAGAUUGAUAGAAGAUGUAUGACUUGUUCUCUAUACGUGCAUUUAUUUCUUUCAGUUGUAAUGUUGUUGAAGCUGCCUUUGGAUAUAUGUUAAUUAGGAGACUAUAAAGUGUUUGGUUGGCUGGAAAAUCUGGUUAAAUAGGGAAAAAGUUGCUUCAUCAUGUUUAAUCAGAACAGUGAUCAAUGCGUUCGUAUGGAAACAGCAUGCGUAUUUUUACUACAGGAAAUGCAGAAAAUAUGGGACGAAGUUGGAGAGCCAGAUGCAGAAAGAGAUGCAAUGCUGCAAGAGAUUGAACAAGAGUGUCUGGAGGUAUACAAGAGUAAAAUAGAUGAGGCAAAAAAAUGUAGAGCUCAGAUGCAGCAGGAAAUUGCCAAGUUCCAAACACAAUUUGCAGAUAUUUGCUAUGCCAUGGGUGAGCAACCACCUCAUUUUGAUCAGACUACUGUUGGAGGCUUGAAGAAUGAGUUGAAAGCCAAGGUUUCACAACUGGAGGACAUACGAAAACGGAAAAUUGAAAGGAAGAACCAAUUUGUUGAAGUUCUAGGUCAAUUAGAGAAAAUUUCAAAGGAAAUUUGCAAAUCUAUCGAUGAUAGUUUAUACAAAAUGGUAGUGGAAGGGACUGACUUGUCUUUGAAAAGACUGGAAGAACUACGUGCACAGUUGGUUGAAUAUCAAAAUGAGAAGAAAAACCGUCAGAAGCAGGUAGUCGACUACUUGAGUACUCUGAACUCGCAGUGCUUGGCUCUUGGUGUGGAUUUUAAACAUACAAUUUGUGAGAUCCACCCCACUCUGGAUGAUUCUGAAGGCACAAAAGAUGUGAGUAAUGAUACUAUUCGAAGUCUGGCUGAUGUUGUUUCAAGAUUGAGAGAGGUCAAGAGACAAAGAUGGCAGAAGCUUCAAGCUUUUGCAACUUCUCUGUUGGAGUUGUGGAGUCUGAUGGAUAUACCAAUGGGGGAAUGAAAGAUAUUUCAGAAUGUUACCAGUAAAUCUGUUGCUCCAAUCUCCGAAGUCACUGAAACCAACAUGCUCUCUAUGGAUUUUCUUAACAAUGUUGAAUCGGAAGUGUCAAGGUUGGAGCAUCUGAAAUUAAGUAAAAUGAAAGAACUCAUCCUGAAAAAAAGGUUGGAACUAGAGAAUGAGUGCAGGCGAGCGCACAUGUCUCCUGAAGCAUCUGGUGUAAUGUUCUCAGUUGAAGAUAUAGAAUCCCGAAGAGUUGACCCGGCAUGUCUGUUGGAACAAUGUGAACUUCAAAUUGUAAAGGUUAAAGAGGAAGCUUUAAGUAGGAAAGAACUACUCACAAAGGUUGAGAAAUGGUUGGCUGCAUGCCAAGAAGAGCGUUGGUUAGAGGAAUACAACAAGGACGAGAGUCGCUAUAAUGCUGGAAGAGGUGCCCAUCUUACUUUGAAACGUGCUGAAAUGGCUCGUUCAGUGGUAAACAAGAUUCCUGCAAUGGUGGAAGCAUUGAUUUUGAAAACGACAGCAUGGGAAAAAGAAAGAGGAGUUGAAUUCUUAUAUGAUAAUGGCCGACUUCUAUCCAUGCUUGAACAAUACAACACCAUGAGGCAGGAAAAAGAGGAAGAAAGGCGAAGGCAAAGAGACCAGAAGAGACUUCAGGGGCAGCUGGUAGCAGAGCAUGAAGUACUUUAUGGGUCAAAAGUCUGUCCAUCCAACAGUGGAAAGAAGGCCUUUAGAAGUUUAACAGGAAUUGCCAGCAACAAAAAGCUCUCUUUAGGGGGACACAUGCUUCAAAAUUCAAAACCUGAAGAAGCUGCUCCCAAUAUGCACCCCAAUAAGAAGGGUGACUUGCUUAAUCAAAAGAUCUCUUCUCUCCAGUUUGGUGGUUGUGCCAUUCCAUCCCCUGGAAGGAGAUACCCACAGAUGCCUAGCCAUUCGGAAAAAAAGCAUUCCUCCGGUGCUGCAAGGACCUAUCAAAUUGAGCCAGAGCUGUUUCGGAAGCCCCUCCCUCCUGUCUCUUCCAGUUUGUCAUCGAAAGCCAACAUUACAAAUUUCCCCGAAGAUCAGAAAAAGACACAAGACCCAAAAAUGCAAAUCAAACUCCCUGGUAGUGAGAAGCCACCGGCGACCCCUUCGAGACCCGUCAUUGUCAGUGAUGACGAAAACAGAACCCCGAGAACAAUGCCAAUUCCGGUUCCUACUACUCCUUCAACAUUGUCAGUUACCACGCUGACAGUCAAAACACCACCUACACCUCGUGGCUAUUCCGGUGCUUGCCCGGUUGAUAGAUCCGAUGAACCAGUGGAGUACUCCUUUGAAGAGUUAAGAGCUGGUUCGUACUCCUUUGAAGAGGUAAGAGCUGGAUUUGUUAAUCCAAAAUAAAAGGAAACGACUUGAAUUUGACAAAUUAGCCAUCAAGUCGGCACUUGACCGCAACAUACUAUAUCCUCUAGACAGAAGAGGCGGUAAAACUUUUAUUGGGUGAACUUUCAUAGAAUAAGAUAGCUACUUCAUCAGUGUUGCUCUUACCAACUCAUAGCUACGUUCAUUAUACUAUUUGCUUGAUUGAUAAUCAUAUUAAGCUGCAAUUAUUGAAUGCAGGUUACCUUUUUUUCCACAAAAUAAAUAAAUAAAAUAAAAUAAAUAAAGUUUGAAGCAAAAUACUGGUCACCUUUGAUUGUGAUGAUUUGGCUGAAUACUUAAUUAUUCUCUCUUUCUCUCUCUCAGAUAAAAUGCAACCUUUAAAUUAAUUAUUUGAUGUUAUUUAUAAUUGUCACUCUGGCCUGUAGGUUGGUCGGUCUUUAUAGACAUGCGUCCCAGACUGCUUUUUUGUUUUAUUUUCAUUCUUUUUAGAAACUUUCCAUCGGUAAUGAUAGUUAGUCACCAGUCUUAG